CCAAGUCUUGGAAAUACAAGGUCGACGAUAGGUGCAUAUUCCGAGGGCCUUGUCGACGCAGGUCUUUCACGGAUCCCACCGAGGGACUCUCAGCUCCCCAAUCGAUCAAUCUAUCAAGGCUCGGUUCAGGAAAAUUUAACUCUUCUGGGAAGUGGUCGUGCGGUGCUAAAUGCAAUUUCUGCGGAUAACCGGGUCCGUGAUGCAGCUGUGCCGACCUUGUUUUAUCCUGACCUACACAAAAGGAACAUAUUUGUUUCGCAUGAUGAUCCUUCGCUUCCUCCACAGGUGCUGAAGGAACAGUCUGUACCCGGUUUCUCACUCCAGAGCUCGCACUCCCUAGGUCGAUGGAUGAACGCAUAUUUCGACCCUUUCAGUGCUGCUACAGAACGUGGAAGGAUGGCGCCGUUGCUUUUCGGCAUGAGCUCAUUGAAACCUCUCAAGACUGGGAAGCACUCGGAUUGCCCUGUUCGUGUCCAUUUGUCUUACCGACGCCAGAAGAGAUGUCUCUGCACUGAAAGGAGUACAAAUGUUUUGAGGCAGCCCAGAUAUUGUGCUCAUAAAAUCCACAUUGGCCACGGAAUACAAUGCCUAGUCGGACAAAAUGUGGUAUUUCCAACGUGGUGA